AUGAUGAUUCACUGUUGUUCCGCACAGCCUCGGACCCAUGUCUCAUGGCGAGCAUCUUUUCCAAGAAGAUGUCAUCCUCACCCGUGUCAUUGGCAAUGGCAGCGCUGUUGUUGGGACGGCUGGCUGGUUUGUUGUUGCUUUCCGUCGCACUACGUGAUGAUGAUUGACUAUUGUUCCGCACAGCCUCGGACCCAUGUCUCAUGGCAAGCAUCUUUUCCAGGAAGAUGUCAUCCUCGCCCGUGUCAUUGGCAAUGGCAGCGCUGCUGCUGCCAAACGGAAGCUUUUCUUCUUCGUCGGCGUCAUCAUUUUCCUCCCGGAACUCACGGACGGAAUCUAACGCAAACGAAGCCACCGAGAAUCCAAGGCCAGACUUGGCGGAUGUCAUUGUGGGUCGUUGUUGUUUCGUGGCGCCUGCAUCUGGCGGCGGUUCUUUUUCAUGUCCUUAUUGGUGGCCUCUUCACUAUGAUUCUGACUGUGGGUGGAGGAGGUGGAGGAAGUCAAACUGGCUCUCCCUCGUCGCCGAAUGGCAUUGCCCUGUCGGCUCCAUGCUCCCGGUAA